AUGUCAAACACCAGAUCCCUCUUCUCCCGGGGCGGCUCUCGCAAAAAUGACCGCCUCUCCAGCUCCAGCCACGAGCUGCCGCGCUGGAGGACUCCUUCGCCUAUGGCCGCCUCUGUCAUCCCUCCGCCCAUCGUCCAAAGCACCUACGCGCUUCCGCAAAGACAUGCGGCGCAACCCGUGGUCAUGAGAAAGCCUACGCCUCAGCAAGACCGGCAGAGCGAGCUAGAAGCAGAUCUACAGUACCUCCUCGACGCGCAAGCAGAUGGCCUACUGGGAGGACUGGAGUCCGGCGUCUCCGGCUUGAUUGAUGAUCGGGCGUCGAACGGGAGCACAACACCUACUGCGCAAAGUGUACGGAGCACCUCUGCAAGAACUAGCGUUCGACGGAAACCUGGUGUUAGAAGCGCGAGGAAGGGCAUCCACAACUCUAUUGUCGCGCUGUCUACGGUCAAAGCAGAGGAAUUGGAGGAUAUUGACGAUGAGGUACGCUCGCGAGAUCAGACGAUUGAGAAGAUCGAUGGAUGGCAGGAGAAGAGGCAACGACUGCGGGAAGCGUCUAAGAAUCUAGACUCCAACGAGGACACCGUGCGCAGUCAGAGGCUACGGCAGGAAGCAGAUGUGUUGCAGGAGGAGAUCAACCACGUGGAGCUACAGCUGGCGGACAUGAAGGCACGUCAAAGAAAGCUGUUGCGAGAGGUCGCGGCUGCUGAGAACGCGGUUCAGGCGAAGAUGGCAUCGUAUACGUCAAGUCUGCGGCUGCUGGAGGAGGAAGUGCAGCAAUACCUCUCGACGAAUCCAGGAACCCCAACACCCCAGCGAAAGUCAGACGCUCAAUCUGCGACGGUAUGGCAGCUACCUCCCAAGCGCCGGACCCUCGACAUGGCCAAGCAGUACUGGAGCGACGAGCGGAGCAUGUCCGAGCAGCAGCGUGAGAGCGUGAGACUUGAGAAGACAGCUCUCGACGAAGGCGCAGUGAUGUGGAAAGAAGCGGUGAUUUCGAUUUCGGAUUUCGAACGUACUCUGCGCAUGGAUAUGGCCAAACAAGCCGAAGAGCGUACGGCUCCCGGACUCUCGGCUAGCAGCUCGCCGUUGCAGCACGAUCAACGCUGUAGCCACGAGGUGCUGGAACAAAUGGACCGGCUCAUCUCCGCUCUGCAAAAGAAGUUCGAGCUAGCAAGAGAGCGUAAUUGGAAUCUCCUUAUCGCCGCCAUCGGUGCUGAGAUAGACGCUCUUAAGCAAGGUAGACUGCUCUUGGGAGGUGAAAGCGCAUCAGAGGAGCCUUCAGACGAGCAGCCUGAUGCAGCGCAGAGCGCGUCUCCUGAUCAUGAUCUCGAUCUCGGUUCGGAAGAUGAGUUGCAGGCAUCAGCGCAGAGCUCCGCGACGGCCAGGAGGCACACCAGCAAUGGCGUGGCUCCAGAAGAUGAUCCCGACCCUGAGCUACUGUUCUCCAGGCAUGACUUGGACUCGGAGUGA